CAGUCCUCCCCCACCCCGCCGCGGAGAAGAGGAUUUGCUUCCGGCCCCGGGUGACCGCCGGCUGGGCUCGCCGUGCGCUGCGGAGCGCUGUCCAGGGAGCGUCGUUCCCCCGGACGCUGGCGCGGGAAGCGGGGGCCGCGGCCGCGCCAGGAGAGUGCCGGUCCGGGCGCGAGGCUCGUGCGGGGCCAUGAACGGGACCGCGAACCCGCUGCUGGACCGCGAGGAGCAUUGCUUGCGGCUCGGGGAGAGCUUCGAGAAGCGGCCGCGGGCCUCUUUCCACACCAUUCGCUAUGACUUUAAGCCAGCAUCUAUAGAUACUUCUUGUGAAGGAGAGCUUCAGGUUGGCAAAGGAGAUGAAGUCACAAUUACACUGCCACAUAUCCCUGGAUCUACACCACCAAUGACUGUGUUCAAGGGGAACAAACGGCCUUAUCAGAAAGACUGUGUACUUAUCAUUAAUCAUGACACUGGUGAAUAUGUGCUGGAGAAACUCAGUAGCAGCAUUCAGGUCAAGAAAACAAGAGCCGAGGGGAGCAGUAAAAUCCAAGCUCGAAUGGAGCAGCAGGCCCCUCGUCCCCCACAGCCGUCACAGCCACCACCUCCUCCACCACCUCUGCCAUCCCGAGCUCCAACAAAGCCUCCAGCUGGGCCCAAAACUUCUCCCUUGAAAGAUAACCCCUCACCUGAACCCCAGCUGGAUGACAUCAAAAGAGAGCUGCGAGCUGAAGUUGACAUUAUUGAACAGAUGAGCAGCAGCAGCGGGAGCAGUUCCUCAGAGUCGGAGAGCUCGUCGGGGAGCGAUGAGGACAGCUCCAGCAGUGGCGCCGAGGACAACGGCCCGGCGUCCCCCCCGCAGCCCGCACACCAGCAGCCCUACGGCAGCAGGCCGGCCGCCGCCAAUGGGACCGGCCGGCCCCAGGGCAGCAGCCAGCUCAUGAACACGCUCAGAAAUGACUUGCAGUUGAGUGAGUCUGGCAGUGACAGUGAUGACUAGAGUCGGAUCUUUCGAAAUCAGCUUCUCGUGCACAGAUGUGCUGCUGGACCAGGCUGCGCUCGCACGGAGCCGCGUGCUGAGAGGGACACGCUGUGGAUCAGUGACUGUGUAGGAGUUUGAGGCUCUGGAGGUCUCAGACAUUCAAGUCUUUAACUUAGUGGUGAUGGGUGAUUUUCUCGUGUAAUUUUUGAACAAUCUCAUGUUGCAAAGUAGAACUAUGGAAGAACUAACAGAAUUAUAUUUCUAUUUGGUUAACACUGUUCAUAGACAACAGACCAAUGUGCCCUGGUCUAGGUUACUCAAAGGCCAUUAUCUUUAGGGGGCCAGUGAUUCCGUUUUAAACCUCAGCAGCCACCAGUUUGGCUAAGUGGUCUGCACCAGUGAAAUGAAACCUGGUCUUUGAGGGGUAGGAGAGAGAGGGAAACCUCAAACUGCAGCAUAGAAGUAUGUUAAAACCACUUUACACUGUUGAGACAAAGUGGUAAGGAAAUUUUGUCAGACCCAACCUGAUAAGCCUGUGUAGGAACCGACUUUGAGAAAGAGUCCUAGAGCAUCCGCCAGGGAGGACCCUGGAGCUCUGCUAGUUCAACCUCCUCAUUUACAAGUAAGGAAAGAGAAGCCCACGACUGGCUGAUGGCCGGUCUCCUGCCCCCAGUCCAGGCUUUCCCUGCUGCUCCCUUCCUUGAAUCUCAUUUAUUGGAACUGGAGAUUCUCAUACAUGACACUGAUAGUUGUAUAUCGGAGCUUUUAUUGGAUUGCAAAAGACAAAAGUGUUGGGUACUUCUGACUCAAAUUCUGAUCCAAAAAGUCACUAAAUACAUGAGGCUGGAUGAGCAGGUCAGACCAGCAGCCACUGCGCUGACGCGUGAGAUGCAGUCAGAUGGGGGCUGUUAGUUCCGUAGAUCCAUGCUAAGCGUUCUUCAUUCAGUGCAUUUUAGUAGGGGGAGGUAGGAGUGGAAGAGAGGUGUAGUGAAGGAACCUUUCCGAACAAGAGAACCAGCAGCAGGUUUUCAAAAACCCAGAAUCUAGAUAGGAAGCAGUUCUGCAAUAUGAAAUGAGCACAUCCUUUGAGAAGGCAUUUCUGUUCAUGCUUUUCUACCACUGUUUGUGCCUGACUCCCAGACCAAUUUGUAUUUUUGAUACACAACUAGAAGAAAGUCACAAGAUUGCCUUUUUGCAGUGUGCAGUUUCCAAAUGAAUCUGUUACAGGGAAGUGGUCACUAGUAAAUGUUCCAUAUUUAGUGAAUGUGUGAUAAAUUGUCCCGUGAUUAGUAUGGAGUAGCCCAUUUCUGUAAUUUGAAUGAAUACAGUUUGAAGGUCCUGAGAAAUUUCCAUUUACUUUGGUUCAGUGGGUAUCGCAAACAUUAAAAUUGAUUUUCCUUCCUUGGGUUCCUCCACUCAAAGAUGGCCUCUGCAUCCCCCGCUAGUGGAUGGAAGCAGUCUGGACCUGGAAAGGAAUGAGAUGAUUCACGGUGGGGGCUUUGGUGAGAGUCGCACCUUAUCGAGCCACCUGUUUGAUGCACACAGGGGCUCCGGUGAGCUGGAGAUGGGGGCCCAGCGCCGUCAUCCCGUGGCGCACUCACACUGCCCCACCUAGUGUAGGUAAUAGGCUAACACACCAGUACUUUGUGCUGGGUGCUCCGCCCAUCGUGAGGUUUCAGUGCAUUUAAUGGCAGGUAGGAAUUUAUAAUGAAUUGAUAAUUGUUUUAUAAUUCCUUGGUAAUGACAGCUCAGGGAAGGUGAAGGUCACAAUUGGGAGACUUGACUUGUUACUGCACGUGGGACUUGUUUCACAGCUCUUAACUUGCUCAAGCUGGGGCAGGUUCCAGGAACUUGAACUAAAAAUAUCUACUUAAACUCCUCUCUCACUCUUUUUUUUGUUCUCCCAAAGUCUUGAUUUAGACAGACAGAGCUGUGGCUUUUGGCAUGUUGGGUCAUGUUGGGCAUGUUGGCGUGUGGCACUGGGUUUGGCAAGCCGAGCUCUCUGGGCUUCAGACCCUUUCCUCUGUUACCCGUCCUACCUGACACUGCACUGUUCUCCUCUAGCCCGUUUCCAGUUUGUUCUCUGCACAAAGCCCUCGGUGGUUCCCUCCCCCGGCCCUCCAGCUUUACCCACCAGAACGAGGAAUCUUUUCUUUUUGGAAAUCAAGAAUUUGGCCUCACAGACUACUUCUCAUGUGUAACCUCGUGCCAGCCUCACUGGACUUGUUCUUUGUGCCUCUGUGCCUUCUCAAUACCGCCCCCCCCCCACCCGUCCCGCCAGGCCCCAGUCCUGACGCUCCGGAGAUGCCAUCCUCGUGGCCUCUUCCUCUGCUCGUUUCAGCCCACUCGAGUGCUGUGUGGACGUACUGACCUUCCUCUUGCUUGAGCUCUGGUUGGUGUGAACUCCUUAAAAGCAUGGACUGUCAUUCUCAUCUCUAUUCCCUGGGGUGUUCACAGGACUAGACAUUCAGAUGCUUAUAGCCUGGUGGGGAGGAGGCAGAGAAAACCGGCCAGUGGAGUACAGAGGGUAGACAUGGAGAAAACAUUCCAAGCAUUUGGGGACAGCUGGAAACAAUCCAUGCUGAUUUUCAUGGUUUUGAAGUCUCUACCUGAAUUGUUAAAAUUGCCUUUUCUUUGUCCUGUAUAACGUCUACCAUUCUGUGGGUCAUUAGGCAAGGUAUAAAGACUUAAAUCCUAGGUACCCAAGGAGCCAUGGCAAGCCACAGUAAAGAUGUGAUUUUGGGGAAACUUAAUACAAACUAGAGAUUUGUGAUGCCACUCAUUAACUACUUUAUUUCUAUAGCAGAAUCAUUUUUUUUCUGUGUGUGGAAUUAAUGUGUGUGUGCUUCAGUGGUGGGGAAACUUGAAAAUUUCAAAAUCCUUGCUGUCUUUAUUGAGAGGCUGGUUAAGUAGGGUGUAUGUAUGGGGGUGUUUGUAUGUGUGUGAGAGAUGUAUUUAUUACAUUAUUUUGAAAGAUAAUAGUCUGUUAUGUGGAUGUAUAUUAGGUACAGCCAAAUUGGAUGUUUCCAUUUGGCAAGGAAGGUAGGAUUUCUGAAACUCAGGCCUUAACCAGUAGGUUGGAAGACAAGAUCAAUUGAAGCAUUAUGAAAUGUGUUUUUGUUGCUUCUGUCCUAUCUGUCUUGGAUUCAUUGUCUUAUUCUUUAAUGAUUUUUAAAAUCUUGUGCCUAAAAGUUUAUUUUGCAUAAUUAUGAAGUAGAUGUGUAUGUUUACA